CGUGCUCAUUGGUCGAAUCCCCAAGAGCGGCACCUUUGGCCGAGUAGCAGGAGCAGCCGGAUGAGGCACGCUCAUUGGCUGAGGAACAGAACUCUGAUGGACUGUUCCCAUCGGCCGAGUACCUGAGACAUAAAGUGGGGCUCCUAUUUGCCUAGGGGGUGGAGCAGCCGAGUGAGCGGCUCCUAUUGGCCGAUAUGCCGGAGCUGACAAAUAAGGGGCGCUCGUAGGCUGCGUCGCAGGAGAGACCGAGUGAGGGACGCCCAUUGGUCUAAGCGCUGGCGAGACCUUGUUUGGCGCGCCCAUCCGCCCGGAUAGCGGAUGGGUUGUACGAGAGGCUGUCAUUGACCGCGAUACCUGCGGGGUUUGGUAUGGUGCUGCCAUUGGUCGAGCUAGCGACCGUGCGGUGUGAGGCGUUCUCAUUGGCCCAGACGACUGCCGAGCCAUUGGUCCGCGCGUGGAAGACGCGUCGCGAGGGCCCCCCAGUAACCUGUGCGUAGAGGGUUCAGGACCAGUUAGUCUCAUUGGCUGAGACGCCAGCCGCGUUGGAUGCGGCGCUCCAAUUGGUUGAGGAACCGGCAGCGCCAGUUGAGGAGCUCCCAUUGGCCGAUGCAUCAACCAUGCAGGAUGAGGCGCUCCCAUUGGCUACCAGGGGAAAAAAUAGCGCCAAGUCCGCUCCAGUAGGUCUUGUACGAAAUGUGUGGGUGCACCCUUCAAAACAUUGACCACUCCAACGCCUAAUGUGCGGUUCGAGUUGGCGACGGCCGAGGAGUUUCAAACAUUGCUCGACCCACCCACCCCCAUUCUCCUCGAUAGAACUUGAGUUCAAUGGAGCAGGUCCGAUUCACGCCUCACAUUUUGUUUUCCUCUCUGAUGCGACGCUUCAAAUAAAUACUUCAAAUACAAAUAAAACUAACCUGCCCGUCUAUCGCCGGUCCGCCCUCAGCCGCUGCUGUCCGUUAGCGCGCACGCCACCGGAAAACAAAGCCAACGAACCGACGUGUUGAGAACAUGAGGGUCAGCUGAAAUUGCAAAAAAUUGUGUUUUAUUUAUCAAUUCUACAGGUGAUACAGGCACUUCUCUUUCUACCUGUGGUGUUUAAGGGAUCAGGCAGCAACCAUGGUAAAGCACUUCUUUGACUUAUCUACUCUCAAGAGUUCCUGGGACCAAGUUGCCUCAGCGUUUUGGCAACGCUAUCCAAACCCUUAUAGCAAACAUGUGUUAACUGAAGAUGUGAUUUACCGUGAAGUGACCCCCGACAACAAGCUGCUGUCCAGACGCCUGCUUACGAAGACUAAUCGCCUGCCUCGAUGGGGAGAGAUGGUCUUCCCCACAAACCUAGCCCGAUCUGUUUUUGUUGUCGAAGAUUCCAUAGUUGAUCUCCAAAACCGAACGUUUACUACAUUGACGUGGAAUAUCAAUCACACCCGUCUCAUGCUAGUGGAGGAAAAAUGUGUGUAUCGUCCAAACCCGGAAAAUCCAGCAUGCACACAAGUACAGCGAGAAGCACGGGUCUCCUCAAGCGUAUUUGGCUUUUCACGGGCAAUUCAGGAAUUCGGCCUUGCCAGAUUUAGAAGAAAUCAGAUAAAAGCAACAGAAGGCUUUGAAUAUAUACUAGCUAAUUUGCAAGCUGAGGAUGCGGUCAUCAGUAGACGUAUGGAUUUCUGGAUGUUAAGACCACAACCAACAACAGGAUCUAGCGGUCAACUCCUUGUGUGUGAAGAACCCCAAAUAAAAGCUAAAAAUUGUGAAUGCUUAGCAGGUGAAGCACCCCCCAAGGCAUUGAAAGGGGCAACGGAGAAGGCAAAGGAAACGGCAUUGGCUGCCACAGAAAAGGCGAAAGAUCUGGCCUCCAAAGCAGCUCCUCAGAAGGCAAAGCAGUUUGUCUGAAACCAGCCAAGAGUUCCCAAUCACGAAAGGCAUCCAUCUGGCUAGGUUCAAUGUUCCAAGAAUACCAAAAAGUCAACAUUUCUCGGAAUGACCUUUUAUUGAAUGCACUAAAAGUUUACAUCAUUAUUUUCUUGUUUGUUAAUAACUGUUAUCUGAAAGUCUUAUUAUUUCAGUAGAUUAAAUAAGUGCAUUUACUGUACAAAUAGUUACGAAGGAUUUCAAAAAAUAUCCAUAGCUUCAAGGGCCUUCCAGGACUUAAUUGGAUGUAGUUAAAUAUGUUUGUUUUUCAGAAAUGUUUAAAUUGUUUUUUUUAAUCAAUUGAAUUGAGAGCACAGGCCACAGCAUUGGGUAGAAGUUUUAACCCAUGUUCAGUAAUUUGUCUUGUCUGAUAUUUAAUUUAAAAUUUUAAUCCUUGUAGGAAACCUCAUUUUUGUUUUGAAUGUGUUUAUCAUAACAUUAAAAUGGAUCAAUCCAGUCAUCUGCACUAAAACAAAUUCAGACCAGGGCCAACACUUCAGGUUGGAUUUGAAAAGACAUUUCUCAUCCCAGAUGAGAACUGAUUUGAAUCCACAAGUUGAAUGAAGAACAAACAGUGUUGAAAGGACAGUGUGGUUGUAUUCUGAUUGUACAGUUCAUCCCUGUGGAAGAUCAGUUCACAUCUGAGCAAACGGUUGAUGGGUCUCUUUUAAAUUUUAAUUACGCCCCCCAUGUUUCUGUUUUCUCUUUUUUCCACUUCACACCUUGUAACGUGCAGCUUUUUGUUCUUGUGAGUGGUAUCCGCAUAGCCUGCACUUUCAUCUUGGAGGCUGCAGAGUCUUCGUCUCAGGUCACCAAAGCUGUUCGGUUGACUCUGCGGCAGUUGCGUGCUUAUUUUCUACGGCAAGUCUGAAAGGAACACUGCCCUUCUGCCAAGCUUCCUCGAGCUAGCAAAAAUAGCUGUGUUUGCACAAACUCUUGCUGAUGAAACCUCUAACUGUUAAUUUAUUGUUAUUGUCAAACUGGAUGGGCAAAGUUUACUAAAAACGGUUUUUGUUUGAGUUUCUAAAGAUUGCCUUGGAUCUGUUAGAACUGUCAGUACCUUUCUUAAUGUUUAAUAAAUAUCAAAACGAAGCAUUGAGUGAAAAGCUGCGAUAUUCUGUUCUGCUCGGCUGACUGCCCCUUGGUGCAUCAGGCUGUCAGUAAGCUCCUCCUGAAAUGGCCAUCUGUUCAGCAUAUGCACACCAGGCUUUUAAUUAAAACUCAAAUCUGUGAGCGUUCACUCUAAUACUGUGUCUGUGUCUGU